AAUGUCAGCUAAUGUUUUCUACCCAGCUACUACACCAUAUCUAUAUUUAUAAAGACUCCGCCAUUAUAUUUAUCUUGUGAGACUCAGUGAGAAAAAAAAAUAUUUGGAAAACACAACAACAAGGUGACUUCUUCAUCAACAACAGUUACAUAAAAUUGAAGUGAAUAAAUUUGGUUUGAUCGAAAUAUCGAAUACAGUUGUUUAUAAUGAGUAACAAGGAUAUUAUGUAUUCUGAACACUUGUAGCCACCGACAGAAUUGUCGAAAGAAAAAAAAAUUCUCAUUUGUGCCCAUUUGCAUAAUUAAACCGAAAUAAUUUUUUGUAACUUUUUCAUUUGCGUAAUUAUACCGUUUGUGUGUACUCAAACAAAACAAAAUAUUUUCAGUUUGAGUGAAGCGCAGAGUGUAACGGGAGUGUUUCAAAAUAAAUAAAAAAGAAGAACGAAAACAAACGAUUUUCCAAUCAGAAACGUAUCUGAUUUUUGUUCAUGGUGGAAAUAUAAACAAAACAUUUUUUUUUUCGAUUUACAAUCGCUCAGAAAGACAGUUUUCUUUGUGUGUUUGUGACAUCAUUUAACAUUAUACCCGCUUGGGUUUUCGAUUCGAUUUUAGUGAUCGGGAAAAACUUAUCGAUUUAAUAUCAGUCGCAUUUCGUGAACGGUUCUAAUAAAAUCAAAACGGUUGAUUUGAGUGUGUAAUGUGCGCAAAGAUUAGAGACAAUAAACUCCAAAACGACAAUUUCAUUCACAUAGCAUUAAAGAAACGAUCAGCCAUUCAUCCAUCCACAAUGUUUAGAAUUGGUGGUGCUCAACAGGGAAUAAUAUGCGUACCGAUGCAAACAGCCGCUAUUGUCAAUCAAAUAAUAGGUUUUAGCUGCAGAUAUUAAAUUGGGAAAAAUAUAUAUAUUUAUCCAGUCCAAGGCCAAUAAAUAUAUAUAUUAACUAUAGCUACUAAGGAAUCACCAACCCCCUUGCAUCGUUUAACAAAGAAAUUGUUCGUUCAGAUUAUUUGGAAUAAGUUUUAAGUUGAAAAUUUGCAACCGCACGCACCUUAGUUUAAUUCAACAACAACAACAACAAAAUUUAAUUUUUAUUUAUUCUUCAUUGACCUUCGUAACAACGCACAACACACGUCCACUACAAAAUGAAGCUACUCGAGAGUUCACAAUUCGAGGCAAUCAACAAUGCACUUUCCAUCAAAACCGGUGACAAUACGUGCACCAUAUACGGUCGCAUCGAAAGCUAUUCAUGCAAAAUGAUCGGCGCUGAAAAGGCGUUGUACAAACGGUUUGCCGAAACUAGCGGUGUUGGUCCGCAUGAUUUACAGGCGCUGUCGCCACCACAAACACUGAUGGACUUGUCGCCGAAUAUCGGUCAGGGUAGCUAUUCGGGCGACGAAGGUAUCAUUUUGUGCGACACAAUAUCGCGGAAGACUUUGUUCUAUUUGAUUGCAACGUUGAACGCCGCAUUCGAGCCGGAUUACGAUUUUAGCGAUGCUAAGAGUCAUGAGUUCAGCAAAGAGCCAUCACUGCACGGCAUCAUGAAUUCGGUUCACGCUAAUUUGUCGGCAAUAGCCGGAGAUCAGUACCAGAAUCUGCGGCAAGCACUUUGGUCAUCCGUUGACGACGAGAUCGAAUUGAACGAUUGCGACAUCUACAGCUACAAUCCGGAUCUGAAUUCGGAUCCGUACGGCGAGCCGGGCUGCUUAUGGUCGUUCAAUUAUUUCUUCUACAACAAGAAGAAGAAGCGCAUUGUGUUCUUCACAUGCCGAGCUAAUAACUCACUGCAUACUGAUUCUGGCAUCGGUUCCGAUGAGUUCGCAAUGGACGAUGACAGCUUUGACUAUUAGUUUUUCGACGCUUAGUUAUGUAAGUAAAAAACAGACUUCAGUUGACGUGCUUCUGAAGGAAAAACAUUAAAUGAACGUUUGCUGUUUGUGUGAAAAACAAAACAAAAGAAAAUGAGAGAAAAUAUUCUAUUCAAAAUGGUUAUAUUUAUAGAUCAUAAGUUUAGGUGCAAAAUGUUAUUUCAAAAAAAAAAAACGAAAAUGAAUUUUUAAAUGUGCGAAAAGCAACCAAGAAUGAUAUGGUCGAACAAUUUUCUAUUUUCUAUUAUACAAUGAUGAACAAAAGCAGGUGAGAGCUGCGACGUGAGAAUUUGUUCAAAAUGGUAUAAGCGAUGCUGGCAAUGAUCUGCUGUCUUCUUCAUUUCUACAUUUUUAUUCUUUUAUUUGGAAAACAAAACACAAUUUGAGUAUAAUUCGUAUAAAUGAAUUAAUCGUCCAUUCAGAGACGAAUUUUGUUUUGUUUUUUCCAAUGUGUUUAACAGACAGAUCACAUUUUAAUAUGUGUCCAACUGACCUGUUAAGAUAUCAACAAAAAAUCAUUUAUCGGGUUCAUAACGGUUGUAUUAACCUUUUGUCAGUGCGAAAGUUACAAUAUUGUCGUUACGAUGGUAACAAUUUUGGUUUUGUUUGCGCGGAUUAUGCGGAAUCGAUGAAUUUUUUAUAGUUGAAAUAGCCUGAGAAAGAGGCUGCCCAGCCCAUACGAAAUGACUCAAAUCCAACAUUGUGCAACUUAAGAAAUAAAUAAAAAAAUUGGUCGAAAAUGGUCUCUGACGAGAAUAAAGGGGGAACUGGGUAAUGUAGAUGAAAGUUGAUUCAGACAAUUUUAAAAUGUAACUGCAGUUACGCAUAGCAACGCUAGUUUGACCGAAAAUUCUUUUGUUUUCAAUCAUUUUUCAAUUGUUUUGAAAAGUCAAACGCAAUUUGGUCGAUUGAUUCAUUUCAAUCAUCCCAAUUGCGUAGCUUUCGCAUGUUUGACAUUUCAAAACAAUUGGAAAAGGAUUGAAAACAAAAGAAUUGUCGGUCAAACUCGCAUUGCUAUGUGUAUCUACAGCAAUCACUUAUAUUGCUAUAUGUUGAAGUUAACGAAAAAUUUCCUUUGUUUUGCGUUUCACAUUGUCAUAAACUGUCAACUUGCAUUUUUGCUGCUUUUUCUCUAUUGAAAUGAAUCAAAGAAAAUUAGUAGCAAAUGCAAGUUUGACAUUUUAAGACAAUGCGAAAAGGGCUGAAAACAAAAGAAAUUUUUCGUUAACUUUACAUUGCUAUUUAGAUGAGCAGUGAGAUUUGUUGACGAACAGUUUUAUUACGUACGGGCAUGGAAAUAAUGCGGUAUCCUGGUAACCUAGGUACUAAUUUCGUUAAAAAAUUGAAUACCGUGAAAUGAACAAAGCACCGGUAAAUAUAUGGACCGCCAAAUCAGUUUUACAUUUUUGGUUAGCGGGAAAUUUUGAGUAUGUUACCGGGAAUUAAUAGUUAUUUAUACCAACGAGUGAUAACUGCUUCAGGCACUAGACGUGUAGAUUGUCAUUGGAUGCCGUAAACCAAGUGUGUUACAAGCUUGUGCCUUAAAAAUCAAAAAGCACUUAUCAUCGAGUUGCCAAAGAGAGUUGAGAGAAAGAUCAUUUCCAUGCCCGAUUACGAACUCGUCUAGCUGGAGAAUUUGUUUUUCGUGUCUAAUUUGAGUAAAUUACUGCAACUUUACUAAACGAAACGACAAUUCCGAACGAGCUACGUAUUAUUUCAUCUGCUAGCAGAACGUAAACUUGCAUUACGCAAACGAUCACUGAAACGUGUGAGGAUUGACACAAUUACAUCAGCGAGCGCUCCUGCUCUUCAAUCAAUAAACUUUUAAGUGAUCAUGACACGUGAUCAUUGGAUCAUGUAAUUAUUCUGAAUGACGUUCUGGCAAUAAUAAUUUUCGUACUGACAAAGCACCAUUUACCGUUGUAAUCCAACAGCAGAUCCAUCGCCCCUGUCAUUGAUUCAAACUGAUUUUAGAUUGUAUUUUCAUUUCAAUAAACUCCCGAACACAUAAUAUGUGUGGGUGUAACCGCGGACGAAGUUAAGAAGUUUAGGGACUCAGAUGAAUCUAAUAUUCGAUUUGAAUCAGUGACAGUUAAUUGGUACACUUGUUGGUAUGGACGGUAUACAAAAUGAAAUGUUGUGCUGUGUGAGAACCACUCCAGUGACUGUACCUAGUAUUUAGUAUUUCUUACAAUUAAAAAAAGAAAAAUAAUUAAAAACUUUUAAUCUAAUUCCUAUAAGAAUGUCAUUAUUAUGUGUAAGAAUUAC